UUUUAAUAAGACGGUCCUUUAAGUUAGUUUAUCAAGAUGCGUUUCAUCUUGUUAGUUGCUUUGCAGAUAUUGCUAGUAUUUGUAUUUGCUUUUGCCGAUGUGGAAAAACAAGCCAAAGAAAUGAGAGAGCUACUUUGUGAAGGAGGACCGGUAGCAGAUGUAAUUGUUGGAUGCUUGGAUGAAUUGAAUUAUACAUCGUCUGAAGAUACAAUCCAAAAAUGUUACAAAGGAUUUGAUGAGAAAAUAAAUGGUGCAAAUAUGAAGAAUUGGUAUUGCAAUAAUACAAUGGAAACUCUCAUUGAAGGAGAUGAAUGUAUCGAAAAAACUUUGAAGGAGAAAGACAACGCUGAAACUGUUAAAGCAGAGCUGUUAGAUCAGUUGAAGAGAUGCGUCGAGACGAGCUUAGUUGGUGGAGAAGGAUACAGAAAAUGAUGGAUUUUCUUCCACUUCCACUCUACUCUACUAGAAUAUUUGAAUAUUAUUCC